UUGAAUUAGUUCGGUUAAUAGAUUCAUUUGAGAGUGAUAAAAUAUAUUUAUUUCAUAUGUUUAAAUUAUACUGCGAUGGAUCUAUUUAUAAUGGUUACAGACAAUUUGGAACUAUAAUGUGCAAAAAGAUAUAUAAAUGUUGACAUUUUCUUGUCAAAUAUUCGGAUGAAAUUUUGUCAAUCAAGAGCUGAAAUUGGUAUUUAUUCAAUGUGAUGCUUCAUAAUUCCUAGUUCAGAAUGUUUUAGUCUAUUUCUGGUUAAUACUUCUAAAAUUAAAAUUUCAUCACUCGUAGGUAAAAUCUUUCGUGCGAAAAAUGUUGAUUUCAAAAUGCUCUAGGUUCAGAUGUUUAGCAAUGUUUCUUCUUCUUUGUUGUAAAAUGGUAUUGAUUCAAUUGCAAAACAGGUAGUGUAGCAAAAAGUAAAUGAAGCUUUUGUUUAGGUGCUGCUGGUAAAUUCAUACUGAAUAUUAUUUUGACUGUAAUAACUUAAUUUCUGUGCAAUAAUUCCUGUAUGAUUCGCUCCAUAUAUUGUUGUGUUACUAUUACAUCCAUUAAUCAAAUAUGUAAUUUUUGCAGAUGAAACUGUAGUUUAAUUUAAAUAUAUAGACAUAAAAAUAAAGCUUUUUGCAGUAAAAGAUAUAUGGCAUCAUGUCCUGGAUACGCCGAAAAUUGAGUCAAGUCACUAAUAAUAACGCAAGUACAAGUAGCUCUGUCUCUCCUACAACACCACAGAGUCCUACUUCGAUUCGUUUUGAGGUGUUCAAAUCCCAUUGGUUACAAGUGUCUGAUAUUAUAUGCUCUGAAGAUGGUGUUUUUAUAAAGACGCAUUCAACGCUGCUGAAGAAACCUAAACCAGUUACGCAGGAUGAUGCGGAUGCAGUACGCAAUCUUCUCGAACAAAUGAUUUACUUGUUAGUGGAAGAACAAACAGCUGGAUUACAACUUGGACCUAUUUUAGAAUAUCUUGUCACAAAUAAACUCAUGCUUAAAUUAUUUCAGUGGUUUGAAAGAUCAGGAGAGUUACAGAAACAGAUAGCAAUGAAUCAAAUCAAAGUUUAUGAAGUUUUGAUCAGUCAAGCUCAACAUUCGUUGCUCCAUCACAGACAAUUAAUAACACCAAUGUUGAAAUUAUUAUCGUCUUGUUCUGAAAUGAAUUCGGAAGAAGUUGACAGCCAUGUUGUUUUGUUGCUGAAUCUACUGUGUGUUUGGAUUAGUCGUGACCCUACUUUGUUGGAAGUAUUUUUUGGUUCAUCUGAUGAUCAAGGAGCAACUAAUUUUCUAAUUUUUAGCCUUUUAAUUGGAUUCAUUCAUAGAGAGGGAAGUAUCGGACAGCAAGCGAGAGAUGCACUGUUGCUUUGUAUCACUAUGUCAUGUGAGAAUGAACGUAUUGCAGAAUACAUUGUCAAAACUGACUUUUGUCCAGUAUUGGCUACUGGAUUAAGUGGUUUGUAUUCAAGUUUGCCUCGUCAAAUUGAUGUCCGGGCAGAUGAAUGGCAUUUUCUAAGGAAACAGGACUGGAGUCAAGUCCCAGCGCUUGUGAAUUUCAUGAACUCUUUUGAAUUUUGUAAUUCUGUUAUUGAGGUUUCUUGUGGUGUUGUAAGUGAAAAUUUACUAAACUACAUAUACAAUGGUUUUUUAGUCUCUGUUUUUGGACCUGCAUUACACAAACCGUCAGCGAGUGAAGUAAUUGUUACAACUGCGUAUCUCAAUCUAUUUCUGCAAUCUGUGACGGCCCCAGAACUUCUACAAUGCUUUCUCAAGUUCUUACUGUGCCACAGGCAUGAUAAUUCACUCAUCAUUAAUACAUUGAUACAAAGAAUUGGGAGCAACAGUAGGCUGGCUGCGGUUUCGUUGUCACUCUUUCGAACGCUGCUAGAUUUGGAUUGUGAAGAUUUGAUGCUGCAUUUAGUGUUUCGAUAUUUGAUACCUUGCCAGCAUAUACUGGCCAGUCAACAUCGUUCAAUAUGUGAUGUAGAUAUGUACAGUGCCUCUGCUCAUAGAUUUAUAAAUCUUGCUCCAUUAUGUUUUAAUAUACAAAGCGAUAAAACAUCUUUGAAUAAUGAGUUAAGUGAAUCACCUUCAGUUAUUAACAAAUCUGUUAAAGAUGUCGCUGUGGCAGACGCUGAUUCCAAAGAACGCUCAAAUUCUCAGGUAUCCGCAGGAUCAAAUAACAGCAAUCAUAGUGACCAAUCAGAAAUGAUUACGAGCCCUACAACAAUGGCAGAGUUUGGCCCAGAUCAUGACUCUCAAAUGUUAUUGCAUACAAGCUAUAUGGAUUAUUUGGAAAGUGCUAAUUCUGCUAUUGCCUCAUGUAAAGAAGCUUGUAAGAAUUGGUCGGAGCCUUAUGAUGGAAAGAAUCCUUCUACAGAUUCUGUUACAGAGGUGAAAGGUUUAACUGGCAGUAUGUCUGCUGGACUUCUACAUGAUAAAGCACUGAGUCUCCUGUCUAUUAAUGAUGAAGAAAAUCACAAAACACAUGCUGAAUCUGAUCCCUUCCCAAUGCAAUAUCAAAAACUUCAGGGAGCUGAACGUAGCCCUGCUUUACAUGCCUUAAAUGCUACAUACCAAGCACUAAAUGCAACAGCGCAAGUUCUUAACAUUAAAAGGUUGUCAACAUUACCAAUGAAUGGGAACGCUGAAGAGUUGAAUCAUGAGAUAAAUUCUCUGCCCGAAGAACAUAAAGAACAAAUCACUGAUCCAGAUCAAAAUAAUUCUGUUGACGUUUUCAAAGAAGAAUCUGAUAUACCUGAAAAAAAUGGGGUUGAAAAUGGGGUUUCAGUGAAAGAUGAUGUUGUGUUGGUAAAUGGUGUCAAAAAUUCAGGCAAUGUGAGUGAACAAACCAAUGAUGAAAAAAAUGAGUCUGCUAUAUCUGACGAAGCAACAGCUAAUUCAUCAUUUGAUAAUUAUGAUCCAGAUAACAAGGAGAAAGAUAACAAACCAUCGAAUGCUCAGACUUCUUCUGUGGAUGAAUUUUUCAGGAGGUUAAUGGAUAGUGUACCAAAAAAUGCAAGAGAUCGAAUUGAAGGAAAAGUGUCAUCACCCACUGAAGAUACUGGAAUUGAAUUCCCCAUUGAAGAUGAUUCAUUUGCAGAAAGACUGAAUAGUACAGCGAGUAAUGAACCUGAUGGCACUCACCGUCAGGCUAGCGUAAAUUCGGAGGAUUCCAGUUAUGAAAAAAGUUUGGAAGAUCAUGAUGAAAAUUGGGAAGAUGAUAGCAUGUCGAUUAACUCUUCGUUUUAUGAACCAGAUUUAGAAUACACACCUGCAGAAUUUUCUGUUGCUCCCUUAGUGCCACGACUAAAAAUGCAUGCCAUGCCUUAUACAGGUCCGUUUCUAAGUACUUUGUUCGGAAAGUUGGAUCAAAUGCCGAGCAAUUCUCUUUACGAAAACCUUCUGUUAACUGGGAUCAUAUCGAGACUAUCUAUAUAUCCUCAGCCUCUGAUUCGAUCUUUUCUUCUAAAUACUUAUGUCGUUUUUCAUCCUGCAGUAAGGUCAUUAUAUCAAGUUCUUACUGGAGUCAAAAAUCGUAUAGAAUCGUAUGCCGCAAAUGUGGAAAAUUUUGAUGCGUUGUUGUGCCGGGCAGAAAAAUACCUUCUUGCUAGAGGAAAUGAAGCAGUUGACACCAUUGAACAAAACUUAGUUCAAGAUACACCCAUGCCGGUACCGAGAGUGAAAACAAGAAAUACUGCUCUUGGGGAAGUGUUUUUAAGAAGAAAGCGAAGAAAACCAUUGACCCAGAAAGGCUCAAAACUAGAUACAUUGGUCGAAAAACAAGGAAGGUCAUUACAACUGACACAAAAAACAGGAUUUGAGGGACAAUCCAUGUUUUAUGCUGUUUCUAACACAAAAUUUUUCUCCGCAUUAGAUAAGCAAAAUAAUGACACACGAACUAAAAAUGUUGUGUUUGCAUGUGUCAUUCUGCAUGAAUUUUUGAAGGAAUUGGCAGCCAUAUCUCAAGAACAUGCUGUUACAUGUGCCUGAAAUAUGAUUACUUGAAAAUUUAACUUUUAAUAAACAUCAUGUUGCACUUUAUAAUAUUAUAAUAAAAUAAAAAUUCAUACUCAUAAUAUUUGCAAAUGUUUUAUAACUGAAUGAAAAUAUUCAUAAUUUCUUUACUAUCUUUAUUGGUACAUUUGUCGGUACGUUGGUUUUAGCACUUUUUUUGGAAAUGUUGCUAAUAUUCGACAAGUCAACAAAUUUUUUUUCGUUAUAUCGUCAAAUAAUUUUUUGUAGCAAUUUAUUUGCCAAGUAUAUUUUGCCUUAUUUAUAUUAUGCUAGGGUUUAUUGUACAGUAAAUUCUUAUUAAUCUAUAAGCAUAAUACAAUACCUAAUCUGUCUGAUAUUGCUGUAUAUUCUGAGUUGGAAAGUAGAAGAAAAACUAGUAAUAGGCCGUAUCGUAUAAAAGAUUUUUUCAAUCAUUGGUUGACUGAAUGAUGCGAUAAAAAUUAAAGCAAUUAUAAUACUUGUAAGUUGAUUUUCAAUCCAAGUUGGAAUGAUAUAGCUCAUUAUCAUUUACAAAACUAUGUCAAGAGCUUGUCACUUGAGUGCUAAAUCUACUUCUUGUAUUGGGUUAAGAACUUGUGUAUACUCUCAAUAAUUUUCAAGUAAGUAAAAACAUCUUAUUUAAGACUAAAUUCAAGGUUAAUCCCCUCUUCAUUUUUCAUAGUCUAGCGAUCCAAAAGUGUUGUUGAUUGAAAAAAAAAUUUAUGGUCCUAAAUAACACCACAUUUUAGUGUAUUGAACAGAAUGGAAAUAGGUUAUGUUUCCUUGACUCAGAUGGAUGCUUUCCUGUUCGUUUCCCAAUUCUUUAUAUAUUUUUGAUUUUUGCAAAUAAUGCAAUGUUGAGAAAAUUUGUGAGUCAAUAUCACUUCUAUUUAUAAGUUCUAUUAGAUGACAUUCACUGGCUUUUCAAACAUACCGUAUGUAACUUUGGUAGAACUCUAACUUUGAAUGAUAGGAAUGUUUGUGCAAAUCAAAUCAUUACUAUUUGAACUAUUUGGUGCUUUUUAUAAUAUCGUAAAGUAUUCUUUAAUUCCUUAUUUGUGAAAAUGGCCUAUACAUAUAUGGCAAUAUUCCCCCACAUUCUUUCUCUGGAUAGGUUGGCUAUUUAUUGGUUUGAGUUAGAACAGUGUGGUUAAAACAUGGCGAGGCUAUGAACGUACAAUGUGAAUAACUGAAACAAUCAUUCAAGGACAACAAGUACUGGUUUUACUAAAUUUGCAUAUUGUGGUUAUUGGCGCUUUGUUGUUCACUUGUUUAAAAAUCCUCAUUUUGAAAGUGAUCCUCUAAAGACAAUCAAGAAAUCUUUCCUUAUACUUUUACACACUUUACUCAAAUGAAAAUCAAGCUAGUAGAACUACUGCUGCCAUAACCCCAAAAUAUAUUGAUCUUAUCUUGAUUCUAAAACAGCAAGAAUUUUUAAAUAAUUUAAACAAAUAUUUGAGCUUUAAAUUGAGUGGCUUAUCACAUUUUCUGAGUGACUUUUCUCCUCUAAAAUCUGAAUAAAUAAUGAAGCAUGUAUAUUUUUUUGAAUUAGCUUUGAUUAUCAUUGUGUUAAUAAGGUAUUAUUUACUUGUUUCAUUUAAACCUAGUAAACCGACACAAUGCCAAGAUUUGUUACCAGUUUGUACGGGUUUCUUUACAUUAUAAAUUUGAGUUUGAUUUUUUUGAUUCAAAUUCAAUAUAGAUAAAGUGCCUUAAAUUUCAGAUUUAUAUUUUUUGAUUAAAAUUAUAUUGUUGUUCUUAUUAUUUUUGCUUGACGAUAUUACAUCAUUUCAUCCAUCACAUUAUACGUUUUUAUAACAAGAUCGCAGGAAAGGAUAAUGAAACUAGAAUAUCAAGACUUUUCGGGUCGGUGGUUAAUGAGUCACAAUUAUUGUUAUGAACGAUAAAUUGUAUUGUGCCAAAAGGCAUUUGUAAAUCUUAGUCAUGGAAAUUUUUCUGUUUUAUCCGACAUUUAGUUAUUUCUCAUCCCCAUCAUUAAUUUCCUGGUAAUUGGUGAUGUAACUCUGGACAUUCAGAUUUUUACAAGUUUUGAACUAUAUUCCUAGGCUCACCAUGAUGUUAUGAUCUUAGUUUUUGCAAAUGUCUUCGUAAUAAUGAAUGCAUGCUUGUGAAAAAUGUAUAUUUUCUUAUGUCAUCUCAGGUACCAUAUUGAAUUCUUGAAAGUUCUGUUAUGUGUCUGAUAGGAAAAUUAAAAAAAAAAGGAACAUAAACUGCAACCACACAGACACAGAUAUAAUAUAUUGCUCACAUAUACCGUAAUUAUUCAGUUUUAGAGUGGUUAUGUAGGUUUGAAGUUAUUAUAAGCGCAUGCUAGAACUUUUCAAAAUAUGUACCAAUUAUUCUAAAGCACAGAUUAUAAAUUGAUGUGUUGUACAGAACAUGGUUAUAGUAUGUUUACGUCAUCUCUUAUUUUUUGUAUUUUCUUGCUGUUGUACCAGCAUUCAUUUACCGUUAUAUUAUAGGCAAAUAUAUAACCACUCUUGCCUGACAGAUGAAUUUAUUUAGUUGUUGAGUUUUCAUUUCAAUGUUUUUUCAAAUGUAUAUCAUGCAAAUCUUUUAUGUUAUCUUUUUAUUUUGUGUGUACGAUAUACUAG